AUGUCCAUAGCAGAGCAGAAAGCCAAGAUUAACAGCGAAAUCCAAGCCCUACGGAAGAAAAUUCAGUUGUCAGACCGAGACCAAUACCUGAGGGGCCACGAGCUCCCCCUGGUUCGAGGGAGCGUCACCCCGGGGCCAAUGAAGCUCAUUUUCCCGGCCGAAUCACGCAUGGUUAUCGACCAAACUGCGCCUGGUUUGCGUUCAUUAGAGGGCGAGAGCAAAGCCUUCUACGAGGAGAGCGAGGGAGAGAAACAAGCUAACAAGGCGACCAUAACGACCCUUCGAGGCGAGAUCAAACACCUCCAUGUCAAAAUCGAGGAGGCAAAACAGGGCAGCGAGCGGAGCGUCGAGAGAGUCCUGCAGCAGCGGCGCCGUGCCAUCAGCGCCCCCAUCAAGGUGAAGAAAGCGGAGGGCGCCAUCAAGGCCUCUGAGUACAAGCUGCACGACCUCGUCAAAAGGCUCAACUUCCUCCAGCACUCUCGAAAGCAGGUGGGAAGUAGUAAUAGGAAACAGGGGAGCAGUAGUAGCAGUAAGCAGGUGAACAGUUGCUAUAGGAAACGGGCAGCUACAGAAAUAAAUGGAUAUGCUGGUGGGAGGGGUGCUGUCCCUCCCAUCCAGCAAGCAAGACAGGCUGUGGGUCCCAUUGGGAGGGCAAAUGUUGGUGCACAGGAUGGGAGUGGGAGUUACGAGCGGUUACCUCUGCCAUCAAAGGAAUUGGAGCGGUUGGGAGCUGAGGUAACACCGGUUAAUGAGCGUAUUAUGGCAAUGAGACUAAAGCAUGCUUUUGGCUUCAUGUCUCUUAUUGCUAUGUACGCUCAUACCAAUGUUUGCAAACUCGAUGUGAAAGAGGUGUUCUAUGCUAAACUCACAUCUGCGGAAUCCAUUGGCAUACACCCGAGGGCAAGGCAGAAUUCCAUAUCUCUGGAGACAUUGGAGGUCACUGAAGCAUGUCACAUGGCUCAGCUGAACGGCAACCAGGAGUUGCAUCAUUCUUUGAUGACUGCAGUUCGCUCAGUGAAUGGCCAGAUCAUCUCAGAUCAUGUUGAGCGCGAAAAUCGGCUGAGCUCCCUGAAACAACAGCUGGGGGAAUCGUCUUCAGACAGGGUACAGGAAGAGCACCGCACAAUUCAGCAGUUACAGCAGGAUCUGAUCGCGCUAGAGAACGAGCAGGAGCGAGUGGGCGUGAGUGUGACGGAGGCGGAGAGUGUGAAGCGGCGCUACGGAGCCAUGGUGACGGCGCUCAAAGGGGAGGCCGCCGCCUACAGGACGACUCUUGACACGCUGCACGCCAGGCUCGCCGAGGAGAAGGAUUCCCUGAAGAACUUGAGGGAUAGCAGGAAGAAAGCAGAGAAAACACGAGACUGCUUGAGAACGCGCUUGCAUGAGGAGGAGGAAAGCGCUUACGAGACCAAGAGAGAACGCGAAAAGAGGCUCUUCGAAUUUAGGAAGAAAGCCGAGGAGCGCCGCCAGCAGGACCUGGGCGCCGCCGUGGACCGCAGGCUCUCCAUCAUGAGGACGCCCACGCGCAGGGACUCGCCCACGGCUGCUCUCACGCAGGACACUCAGGAGCAGAUCGAGGCCGAGCUGGAGAAGUACCAGCAACUUUUCUCGAGGUUGAAGGAAGUGCUGGGUGUGACGAGCGUGGAGGAGGUGCUGGACCGGCUCACCAGCCAGGCCGGGACGAGGGAGCACCUUCGGCAGCUGCGUUCCGUCACCCUCGAGGAAGUGACGCGGCUCAAGCAGGAGAAGGAGCAGCUGCACGAGGAACUGCACCGAGUGAAAUACGCCAGCACGGAGGACGCUGCUAAGAUGGUCGGAAUGAUCGAGGACCUCAAGAAGAAGGUGGAAGAGAAGGAGACCAUGAAGGAGGACCUGUCGGGGCGCCUCGACGGAACACUCAAGAUCCUGGCGGGCGUGAGGGCGGGGCAGGAGCACAUCGCGGAGAAACUGGAGGUUACGGCCGAGAACGAGCGACCACCAAAAGCCGAAUCUCCUCUGCAGUAUCUUGUGGUUCUCAUGGCGUUCUGCAUGGACAGGGCCAGGGAGCUCAUGGAAGAAGUGAGGGAUGCUCAGAUCGACCAGAAGCUCGCGGAGAUGGUGGAAGAGGAAAAGGACUCGGGAGGAAUGAUGACGUCACCGGAGAACAUUCGCGUGGCCUUCCCUGCCGCCGGCGCCACCGCCAAGGCAGCUCAGCAACAGGUACACGUGGAGGAGGGCGGGGACAGCGGCGAGGAGGAGGAGACCCUGACGAGGAAGUUCAUCAAGCGCCAGGCCCAGAUGAUCGUGGAGGCGAAGGCACGCAAGAGGAACCGGCCUGUCACGUCUUUCAAGUCUUAG